AUGGAUAUGGAAAUACUUAGCUGGAAUUGCAGUGGGAUCUGCAACGACACGACAACUCGGGCUUUGAAAGAUCUCAUCUCUCAAAACCGGCCUCAGAUCAUCUUUUUAUGUGAAACCAAGAUCAGACGCUUGACUGAUUUUAUUGCACUCCGGUCGGCACUAGGGUUUGCGCACUCAAAGGAGGUUUUGAGUGAUGGUCAGUCCGGCGGGCGGGGGAUGUUCUGGACGGAGGAUGUGCAGGUCCAGGUUGGUACUUUUUCUCCUCACCACAUCGAUAUCAUGAUUGACGGAGGAUUUGGGAACCCUAGAUGGCGCCUUACGAGUUUCUACGGUUUCUCCAGAACAUCCGAAAGUGACCGGUCAUGGAAGCUUUUGCGUGAUCUGAGGGACCUUGACUCUUUGCCGUGGGUUGUCAUAGGAGAUUUCAAUGAGAUCCUUAACAAUGGAGAGAAGAAGGAUGGGCCGCAGUCGACAUGGUGGAACUCGGAAACCCAACUACGUCUUGAUAGAGCAGUGUGUACAGAAUCCUGGUGUGACAUUUUUGGAUUUGCAAGAUUGAAACAUCUUCCUCCUAGCAACUCCGAUCAUGUCCCUAUAUUGCUGCAUGCUAGUACGAUCCAUUUGCCCAUAAGGCCGAGACAUCACAGGUUCAAAUUUGAGUCCUACUGGUUGCAGCAUAGUGAGUGUGAUGAAGUUGUAUCUGGAGCAUGGAGAACUGAUGUGUCGGGUCCACCCAUGUUUCAAGUUGCAAAGAAGAUUAUGCAAUCAAGAUUGUCGUUGGAUAAAUGGCAGAAAAGAACGUUUAAAGGGAGGCAACAACAAAUGUUGGGAAUUAGGGCAAGAAUGGAUGAGCUAAUUGAUGUUACCAUUACUGAACCUAUUCUGGCUGAGAAGAAGUUGUUGAUGGAGAAACUACAAUCUUUACUCUCUCAAGAGGAAACAUUUUGGAAGCAACGGUCCAAAGUCACCUGGCUUAAAGAAGGGGACCGAAAUACCGGUUACUUUCAUAGGAAGGCAGCUAAUAGGAGGAGGAAGAAUACUCUGAAUGGGUUGUUUGAUGAAAUUGGAGAAUGGUGUGAGGAUGACGAAGGCAUGGAGAGCGUUAUAACCUCCUAUUUUUCUUCUAUGUUCACUGCUUCUGAUAUUGAUUUGGCGGCGAUGCAUACAACACUGGAAGUUAUCCAACCGUGUGUGACUCAGGACAUGAAUGAACGGCUGUGUGCUGAAUACUCUUUGGAUGAAGUAAGAGAUGCUCUCUUUCAAAUGUAUCCGACUAAGUCCCCUGGGCCUGAUGGGAUGCCUCCAUUGUUUUUUCAGCAUUACUGGAAUGACAUUGGGGAAGAUGUCGCUGCAGCAGUUCGGAGCUUUUUACAGUCAGGUCAGCUACUUAGGCAAAUAAACUUCACUCACAUUUGUCUAAUUCCAAAGGUAUCCAAUCCUGAACAUAUGUCUGAUUUGAGACCAAUAGCGUUGUGUAACGUUAUAUACAAGAUUUGUUCGAAAGUUAUUGCUAACAGGUUGAAAGUUAUUUUGCCGGAUCUGAUUUCACCUUUUCAAAGUGCCUUUGUUCCCGGCAGAUUGAUCACGGACAAUAUUCUGGUUGCAAAUGAAUUAGCUCAUUUUGUACAUAACAAAAGGGACGGGCAUGAAGGUUGGAUGGCUUUGAAAUUGGAUCUAAGCAAAGCUUAUGACAGAAUGGAAUGGACUUUUCUAAGAAAGGUCAUGGAGCGGUUUGGUUUUGAUUCUGCAUGGAUUGAAAUGGUAAUGCAAUGUGUUUGCUCUGUUAGAUAUUCUUUCUUGCUUCGUGGUAAACCUCGCGGCCUUGUGAUUCCUAGCAGGGGGUUGAGACAAGGAGAUCCUUUGUCUCCUUAUUUAUUUCUUAUUGGGGCCGAAGGAUUUUCUGCUUUGCUCCAACAGAAACAGAAUGCUGGUUUAUUGGCUGGGAUUGAGAUUUGUGAUGCUGCUCCUUCGGUAAGCCAUUUAUUAUUUGCUGAUGACAGCAUGCUCUAUGCUUCUGCCUCGUUGGAAUCUUGUUAUCAAAUACAAGAUGUUAUCGAAACUUAUGGGAGAGCUUCUGGACAAUUGGUGAAUUUUGAUAAAAGCUCGGUGGUCUUUAGUAAAAAUGUAGCAGCACCUAUGCAGGAGGCAGUUGCUAGCUUGUUGGGUGUGAAGGUUGUUGAUUCACAUGAAAAAUAUUUAGGGUUACCUACUUACGUUGGAAGGAAGAAAACAGCUACCUUUCAAUAUAUUAAGGAGAAUCUAGCCAAGAAGGUGGCUAAUUGGCAAGGGAAGUUGUUGAGUGGUGCAGGCCGUGAUAUUUUAAUUAGAGUGGUGGCACAGGCUUUACCCACUUAUGCAAUGAGUGUCUUCCAAUUGACAAAGAAUUUUUGUGAGGAUUUGGAGCAAAUGUGUGCAAGAUUCUGGUGGGGGAGUACUCUUGAUAAAAGAAAAAUCCAUUGGAAAAAGUGGAAGGCCCUCUGUAACCCUAAAGAGGAAGGGGGCUUAGGGUUUCGCAGUUUAUCCGAAUUUAAUACAGCUAUGUUAGCAAAACAAGCUUGGCGAGUGAUUACUAAUCCGGAAUCUUUGUGUGCACGAAUUUUUAAAGCUAGAUACUUCCCACAAACUUCUUUUUGGAAUGUGGAACCCCAUCCCUCUCCAUCCUUCUCUUGGAGAAGCAUAUUUGGCACUCGUGAAUUGUUAAGAAAGGGUACUUACUGGCAGGUUGGUAAGGGAGACACUGUGAAUGUGUGGUCUGAUGCUUGGAUUCCUGGAGUACCGAAUUGUAAGCCUCAAGAAGGUAAUAGUGCAGCAGGAAACAUUACUCUGGUUAAUGAGCUGAUGUGUCAAACUGGUGUGUGGAAUGUUCCUUUGAUUAGAGACAUUUUUCCACUGGCAGAAGCUGCAGCGAUACUAUCAAUCCCUUUGUCUUCAAGGGAGGUGAAUGAUCGAGUGACUUGGAAACUAGAAAAACAUGGUAAGUUUACUGUGAAGACUGCUUAUCGGUUUUCUUUUUCUAUGUCUUCUUCUAGAAAGCCUUUUGAUUUGUCAGUGGGUGUAAAGUUUUGGAAGAAGUUAUGGCAGGUGAAUAUACCUAGUUCUGCUAAGGUACACAUUUGGCGAGUGUGUCAUGAUAUUCUACCUUCAUUGGAGCGACUUGCUUCAAAGAGGGUUGAUUUAGAGUCCAUGCUUUGUCCUUUGUGUUCGUUGGCAGUGGAGUCUACUCUUCACCUUUGUCGAGCCUGUAGUUUCACAAGGCAGUUGCUGCAAAUCAAUGCUGUGGUAUCUCAGGUUUGUUACAACCCCCAUUUUGCUCAUCACAAUCUGUUGGAAUGGUUCUGCGCUUGUGCUAGUGAACUUUCUUUGGGAAGUUUGGGUGAGUUAGUAUAUUUACUAUGGGGUGUUUGGAAAGAACGCAAUUGUCGUGUUUGGGAUGACAAGGCUAGCUCCGUUAAUGAUGUGUUGAUCAGGACAGUUUCUAGGCUACAAGAUUUCAGGUUUCAUGCAAUGAAAUCGAGUAGAACUGGCAGUAGAGGAGUAAGGGUGACCCGCUGGGUAGCUCCUCCAAUAGGUUGGUUUAAGAUUAAUGUUGCUACGAAGACAGGAAGUGGAGGUUUUGUUAUACGGGAUUGGCAGGGUACUAUGCUUGCUGGUGGUGGGAAGCCGUUGGUUGGUUUGAUCUCUCCAGAGCAUGCAGAAGUAGAAGCUUAUAAGCAUGCUGUGAAGUUUGCGGUUGAACAGGCUUUUAUGCCUACUAUGAUUGAAACUGAUUCACUCUUAGUGCAGCAACAGUUGGUAAGUCAUGUUGGGGUCAAUACAUCAGUGUUGGGACGUCUUUAUGAAGACUUGGGGGUUACUCUGGCUGUUAACCCAAAUUUGCAAGUUGUGCAUACCAAAAGGAGUGCAAAUAAGAUGGCUCAUCUUAUGGCAGCUUCUUGCUCCUCAAUUCCAAAUGAGGUUUUUUAUUUUUCUGCACCUUCCUUCUUACAAGCUGCUUUAGCAGCUGAAGCUUAUAAUUUGUAA